CACCAAACCGCACUUCUGACGGUGAACCAAUAUCAACACUUCUACUACCGAUACCCAGUCGCUCGCCACUCGUCGAACGACGAACAACCGCCAUCAUGGCCGAACGCUACAUUCCCGAGCAUCGCCGCAACAACUUCAAGGCGAAGAGCACGUUCAAGCCAGACGAGCUGCGCCGCCGCCGCGAGGAACAGCAAGUCGAGAUCCGAAAGCAAAAGCGCGAAGAGAACCUCGCCAAGCGACGAGGCAUUGGUGCUCGCGGUGACGGUGCUCCGGGUGCCUCUUUGGGCGCUGCGCCAGACAGUGACGAUGAAGGCGCCAAUACCGAGAGCCAGCUGGACGAGGACCUCCCGCUCAUGGUCCAAGGCGUCUUCUCCGACAAAAUCGACGACCAGAUCACAGCCACCACCCGAUUCCGCAAACUCCUGUCCAAGGAGCGCAACCCUCCCAUCGAGCGCGUCAUCGCAACCGGCGUCGUCGGCCGCUUCGUCGAAUUCCUCCGUUCUCCUCACACCCUCGUUCAGUUCGAGGCUGCCUGGGCGCUCACCAACAUUGCCUCGGGCUCUGCGCAACAGACUCAGGUCGUGAUCGAAGCAGGAGCUGUGCCAAUCUUCGUGGAGCUGCUCAGCAGCCCGGAGCCGGAUGUCCGUGAGCAGGCGGUAUGGGCGCUUGGAAACAUUGCUGGAGACAGUCCACACUGCAGAGACUUCGUCCUGUCGACUGGUGCGCUCGCACCUCUUGUCCGCCUGUUGGGAGACAGCCGCAAGUUGAGCAUGCUCAGAAACGCGACUUGGACACUCAGCAACUUCUGUCGUGGUAAGACACCUCAGCCAGAUUGGCAAACGAUUGCACCUGCUCUGCCGGUCCUCGCCAAGCUCGUCUACUCUCUUGAUGAUGAGGUCCUCAUCGACGCCUGCUGGGCAAUUUCAUACCUCUCCGACGGCUCCAACGACAAGAUCCAGGCCGUCAUCGAGGCCAAUAUUCCACGUCGCCUCGUGGAGCUUCUCAUGCACGCCUCCACAUCCGUCCAGACACCUGCCCUGCGAUCGGUCGGCAACAUUGUCACCGGCGACGAUGUCCAGACUCAACUCAUCAUCAACUGCGGUGCCCUUCCAGCAUUGCUAUCUCUCUUGAGCUCCACUAAGGACGGUAUCCGUAAGGAGGCUUGCUGGACUAUCUCGAACAUCACCGCUGGCAACAGCACCCAGAUCCAGUCGGUUAUCGAUGCGAACAUCCUGCCACCACUUAUUCACCUGUUGAGCCAUGGCGACUUCAAGACACGCAAGGAAGCCUGCUGGGCCAUCUCAAACGCGACUAGCGGUGGUCUGCAGAAGCCAGAUCAGAUCCGUCUGCUCGUAGCUCAAGGCGCUAUCCGUCCUCUGUGUGACCUCUUGGCUUGCCCGGACAACAAAAUUAUCCAGGUCGCUCUGGAUGGUCUUGAGAACAUCCUCAAGGUUGGUGACAUGGACAAAGAGGCUGCUGAUGGCAGUGCCGAGACACCCGUCAACAAGUAUGCUCUCUUCAUUGAGGACUGCGGUGGCAUGGAGAAGAUCCACGAUUGCCAGAACAACAGCAACGAGGAGAUCUACAUGAAGGCGUACACCAUCAUCGAGAAGUACUUCUCGGAUGACGGCGACGAUGCUGAAGUCACCGAUCUGGCACCCCAACAAGGUCAGGAUGGUCAGUUCGGCUUCGGUGCUCAGCAACAACAGCAGAACUUCAACUUCGCCAACGGUGGAGACAGCAUGGACAUGUAAGGAGAUCAUGAGACCGAGCCACCAGUAUGGCUGUCAUCUCCAUCGCAGGGUACGUCUCAAGCCAGAACACGGCUUCGAUGGCGACCCAGGUAGGUCGGCAGCAUUAUCAGGCUGCAUCGAGACGAUGGACAUCCGCCCAUCUACACGACGCCCUGGGAAAUGACUGCCACAUCUCCUACAUCCUCCGACCCGAGCCCAGCACCGAUCCACAUUCCAGCGAAGCAGCUAUACACGAUCCACUGCCCACGACUCGCCAUCCAAUCCACCAACCAACACGAUUCCAAACCCCGAUCCAACGCAUCACAUUUCCGACAUGCCUCAUAAUCGAAGAUCACG